CAGAGAUCGAAUACUUGCGUCUAUCCUCCUCCCGGAAGUAUAUCACCUGUGGCUUCGUGUCCUAAAGUUUGGAUCUCUCUUCGUUAUUUUUUUUUUUUUUUAAUUUCUUUCUCGUGUCGUUCCCCAUCAGAUUUCGACAAAAUUGGAUUUCCUCAACUUUCGGAUCAAACAAAUAUGUUCUGUUGGAUCGACUUAAUCGUCGUCAUCGUUCGACUCUGUUGUUAAAUCAAUGCUCCAAAAUGAAGCAAUUUCAGCCAUUGCAGAACCUUAAUCAAUCGCAGAGGACAGCCCUCGCUGGGGUUUUCGUGCUCCUUCUUCCGAUUUUCUCCCCGAAUCUCUUCAGCCCUCUUGGUCGCACCUUUCCUUCUCUCUUCUCCGAAUGGAAUGCCCCAAGGCCUAGACAUUUGCGCCUACUCCAUGGCGCUCUUGAUCGACAAAUCUCCAUCAGACAACAAGUGGAGUUAUGGUCUCCCUUGGCAGAUCAAGGUUGGAAGCCUUGCACUGAAUCUUAUAGAGUGUCUCCCUUGCCGGAAAAGUCUCAGGGGUUUCUUCAGGUAUUCCUUGACGGCGGACUAAACCAACAAAGAAUGGGGAUAUGUGAUGCGGUUGCUGUUGCCAAGAUAUUGAAUGUGACACUUGUGAUUCCACGCCUUGAAGUCAAUCCUGUUUGGCAAGAUUCAAGUUCGUUCGCAGAUAUAUUUGAUGUGGAUCACUUUAUAGCUUUCCUUAAAGACGAGGUGCGGAUUGUUAGAGAGCUGCCAACACAGUACUCCUGGAGCACCCGUGAUUAUUACGCUACAGGUAUUCGAGCUACUAGGAUUAAGACUGCGCCUGUUCAUGCUUCUGCAGAGUGGUAUGUGGAGAAUGUCUUGCCUGUUAUUCAAAGUUAUGGCAUCGCUGCUGUUGCCCCAUUCUCUCACCGUUUGGCAUUUGACAAUUUGCCUGAAAGUAUACAACGGUUACGCUGUAAAGUGAAUUUCGAAGCGUUAAACUUUGUUCCUCAUAUUCGGGAGCUAGGUGACGCUCUUGUGCAUCGACUCAGAAAUCCUCCUUCCAGCUCUCAAACAUCAGGAACUAUGGAUCCAACAGACAGAAUAAACACCAUUGUAAAAGCUGGAGCUGGAAAGUUCGCCGUGCUGCAUCUUCGUUUCGAUAAAGAUAUGGCUGCUCACUCAGGCUGUGACUUUGGAGGUGGUAAAGCAGAAAAACUGGCGCUGGCAAAAUACCGCGAGGUGAUUUGGCAAGGAAGGGUCUUAAACUCACAGUUCACAGAUGAAGAGCUAAGAAACAAAGGGCGUUGCCCGUUGACACCGGAAGAGAUUGGUUUGCUGCUUUCAGCUUUGGGUUUCAGUAACAACACCCGCAUAUAUCUAGCUUCACACCAGGUCUAUGGAGGAGAAGCAAGAAUCUCGACACUGCGUAAACUGUUCCCUGUAAUGGAAAACAAGAAAAGCCUAGCCUCUGCGGAGGAACUGGCUGGCGUAGAAGGGAGAGCUUCUCUAAUGGCUGCAGUCGAUUAUUACGUGAGUAUGAAGAGUGAUAUCUUCAUCUCUGCAUCUCCCGGGAAUAUGCACAACGCGUUGCUUGCCCAUAGAGCAUACUUGAAUCUGAAGACCAUAAACCCCAACAUGAUACUGUUAGGACAGGUUUUAGUGAACAAGAGCUUAGAGUGGUCUGAGUUUGAAGGAAGAGUUUUGAAUGGACACAAGAAUAGGCAAGGCCAGCUUCGUCUACGCAAGCAGAAGCAGUCAAUUUACACUUAUCCAGCUCCUGAUUGCAUGUGUAAAGUAGCUUAAAAGUUAAAACUUUCCCCCUGAUUGUCCCCAAUAAUUACUGAUUCUUUGUUUUCCUUGUCAUACUCGAUUCAGUAAAUUUAAAGUUUGAGGUUCUUAUGUCACA